CUUUUUCUUUUCUCUCUCUCUCUUAUUAUUUUGCAUGUGUAUUUUAUUUUGGACAGUAGACAAUCAUCCUAAAUAUCGAUUUAUUUUUGCUAGUAAUCGUGACGAAUUUUUAAAACGACCUACAGCAAGAGCUCAUUUCUGGGAUGAACCUCACCAGAAUGUAUUAGCAGGAAUAGAUCUCGAGUUUAAUUCAGGGGACCAACAACUAAAGAAUGGUACCUGGUUAGGUAUCACUCGACAAGGUCGUUUCUCAGCAUUAACAAAUUAUAGAGAACAAAACUUUCGAGGUUCAAUUUCUCGAGGUGUUUUGGUCAGGGACUUUUUAUGGAGUUCAGAUUCAGUUCAUGCAUGUUUAGACAACCUGUAUGAACAUCGAAAUGAUUAUGGAGGUUUCAACUUGAUUCAUUUUGAUUUUAGCAAAGAUCCAGUUGAAAUGGCCUAUCUUUCAAAUCGAGAAAACCAAAAUAGAAUUGAUUUGAAACCUGGUGAAAUAUAUGGAAUUUCAAAUUCUGUCUUGAACAAUCCAUGGACAAAAGUAAUAGAAGGGAAGAAACUAUUUGAAAAUAUCAUUAAAAAGAAACCAAUGACGAAUGUUCAGGAUAUGCAACGCAUAUUUGAUGACCUUAAAGAACGUAUAUGUAUACCACUAUUCGAAUUUCCAGAAUGUCCUGGUGUAAAAGAUCUUUCUUAUGCUACAAGAACAAGUACUAUUGUAUUAAUAGAUUAUGAUAAUAACGUUACCUUCAUUGAACGUUUAUGGCGUGAUGAAAAUGACCUUACACUUUUUAAUCCUGAAAAUUAUAAUGAUGUCAUUUAUCACUUUAAGCUGGAAAAAUAGGACGCCAACAUAAGUGAAUCAUGUAAUAUAUAAUAAUAAAAAAAAUUGGAGUAUACUUUU